AUGAGACAUGUCAGGUUGAUGGAGUUGCAGCGUGAGCUGGGCUAUUCCUUUCGAAAUACCCGAAAUCUCACUGAUGCUCUUCGGGCACUCGGCGAGAGACCGGAUGACCCUCGGUUCUCGCGCAGUGGCAGCGCGGUACUGCUAAAUGUCGCAUCCUCUGUGUUAACGAUGAUGCGCACAGCCGCAGCCCGACCUGGCACGAGCAGCCACAGCUGGAGCCAUAGUCACUCAUACGCCGGUCCACCUACUCCGUCCCCUAUCGCAAUUCUGAGGAGUCCCGACUUUGAGCUGAAUCAGAGCAUAUCUGAGGCUAUCUUGUCAGCCUCCGUUUUCAGGAGGCCCAUAGCGCGGCGCAAUGUCGAUCCGAUGCAGAUCAAGCUCGCUGCAGGCACCAUCAUCGGAGCAGCCUUCAUAGACAGUGAUGGGAAUCUCCACUCCAUGUACAACAUCAUUCAUGCUCUCGGGCUGGAAAAGUCUCUCGAGCCCAGCCCGGAGCCUAUGCCUGUGGAAAGCCAAGACCAUGAUGGAGCAGGUCAAAGCUCUAGCAUGACAGAAUCUGAUGGACUCCGGACGCCUGCGGCGGAAGGCCAAGAGAACACCGGGCACGAUGUUGACUUGACGUCUGAUCCCGUGUCUACAACCCCUGCUCUCGGGGUCGCCGAUCAUGAUUUGAACGUCCACGAAUCUAUGUCCACCGACACGACCACUCGGCAGUCUAUCAUGGCGCACGAGAUUUCGCCUUCCGCCAUUUCAUAUUUUGACUGGGACCAGGAGGUCUGGGAAGCCGGUGGAGGCAUUGCUAUCCGACUUUCACUCGGUGCCAAGCAUGGUUAUGUCACAAUAACAGGGGGCCCCAGGCGUCCUGCAAUACAAAAUUCCAACUUGAUAUCCACGUCUCAGCUCCCCACUUUGAUCCACGAGCUGGACUGGCAGGCGGAUUUUUCAACCAUCCCCAGCCUUCCUGAUGAAGCUUUGCCACCGCUGGAGCGAGAAUACUACUCAUACCGGACCGUUGACUGGGAGGUCGAUCCACGGUGGCUCCCUGCUGAUUUUCUACGAAGUGUCGAUGCAGCAAAGGCCCAGGCUUUCCUCCUAGAACAGAAGGUCACUAAACUUUCUCGAAAGAAACAGAUCCCGAAGGGUAAGGGCUACAUCGGGACGCUGACGACGCAACUCUUACACCAAGUCGCGUGGUAUUUGGCAUACGCGAAUCCACAACUACAUCCGUACCUCCAAAGACAUCUGAGGACGGAACACCGGCACCAUAUACCGUUGUACCCUCCACUAAUCAACGAGUAUUUGUUCAACACCGUUCCCGAACCCCACGACAUGCGUCAACUCUCGCAUGUCGAACUGGCCCAGAUUGAUGAGUUAGCUCGGUAUUUGGUACGAUUUCCACAUUCCAAGGAUCCCGUCUUACCGGAGCUCGCGAAAAGCCUUGUACGAAACCCUGAGGAGAAGCCAAAUGUGGGUGUCUCUGCGGAGGAGUUGGAGUUGGUAGCGCAGCUUGCCGAGGACUGGAAGGAAUUGGAGACGCCGAGGGCUCCACCCCUGAGAACAUAUGAGCCACGAGAGUGGGUGAAAGUGUCAGAGAUCCCGACAGACCAGAUAUCAGCGAAUUGGGAUCUUGCGGAUGUCGAGACAAGACAGGAGGCGAUCAAUGAGUCGGCUGACGUGGCCACUGAUGCUCCUUCCGAGAUUUCUCCAGAUCUUAUCCCAGAGGCCACCUUAGAGGCAACCCUAGACGCCACCCCAGAGACGAUCCCAAAGCCAGAUCCCCAGACAACCCUGGAGAUGACCGAGCAGUCAGCCAAAGCGAUAUCUUCCACCUCACCGCAAACACAGACCCGUAAACCUUGGCCUAAAUUCCGCCCUCUCCGGCUCUCUGAGAACAAGCCAGGGCCAAAGGAUGACCUCGCCACGCCGGAGGAGCUAGAUGACACGACCAGCCCGCAACCUAAGGCCAAACAACUUUCAACCACUUUCUUCACGGCCCGUGGGUUCUCCAAAUCAGGAAGGAUGGCCGAGGCGGUGACCCAGCAACCCAAACCCCGCGGCCCGGUCUCUCAAUACCUAUUCUUCAAGCCGGGCGCAAGUCACAAACCAGGGAGAAAUCCGAAAGCGCCACAGGAAAAGGUGGAAGUCAAGCCCCAGGCGAAACCCCUACGACCACAGCAUACCUUUUUUCGUGCCAAAGGUUCGUUCGGCAAGGGCAAAGGCCCCUAG